AUGAUGGGGGUAUUUCUAUUCUGUGGGGGCUGUGAGCUCAGCGAGUUUGUUUCUGUCUCUAUAAUCCCCUCUCUCUGGGCGCCAGCAUAUAAAAGCCACAAGGGGCUCGGCGCACUCUCACACAGACCACCAGUCCCAGCCCAGAGUCUACACUUUUACGCACACACUGCCACAGUCAUCAUGUCUGCCGGUGGAGAGAAAUCCAAGUCUGCUUCUCAGACUGACGGGAAGGCCGCUCAGAACAAGAUGUCAGAGAUGGGCAUGAUGUCCUACAAGAUGUGCGUGUACGACCAGGAGAACUUCCAGGGUCGCUGCAUUGAGAUCACCGGCGAGUGCAUGAAUGUGUGUGACAUGGGAAUGGAUAGGGUGCGCUCCCUGCGUGUCGACUCUGGACCCUUCGUGGGCUUUGAGCAGAUGAACUUCUGUGGUGAGAUGUUCAUCCUGGAGAAGGGCGAGUACCCCCGCUGGGACUCCUGGAGCAACUGCCAGAAGAACGACUACCUGCUGUCCUUCAGACCAGUCCGCAUGGAUCCCGAGAAGCAUAAGAUCUGCCUGCAUGAGGUCGGAGAGUUCAAGGGUCGCAAGAUGGAAAUCAUGGAUGAUGAUGUCCCCAGCCUGUUUGCCUACGGUUUCACCGACAGAGUGGGCAGCAUCAUGGUCAGCUGUGGAACCUGGGUGGGUUACCAGUUCCCCGGCUACCGUGGCAGCCAGUACUUGCUGGAGAAGGGCGAUUACAGGCAUUUCAACGAGUUCGGCGCCCGCUCCCCCCAGAUGCAGUCCAUCAGGCGCAUCCGGGACAUGCAGUGGCACCCACACGGCUGCUACACCAUCACCUCCAAAUGA